UGUCCCGACAGUCUGGGCACCUCAGCAGAGUGGACAACACACCCACGAUGGACUGUGUGAUGUAUGACCUUGACGUGGAGGAGGACGACCAAGUUCAGAGCCGGUACAGCACGCCCCCGCAGUCUGGACACCUCAGCAGACAGGACAGUACACCCAUUACAGACACAACCAAAGAUUGGAUGUACCACAUCAGAAAAGUUGGGCUGGAGGAGAUGAUGGAGUCAGGCAAGAGCAGGGAUGAAGACAGUCUACACAGGAAGACAAACCUCCAGGGCAAAACAACCAACAAGAGGCACCAGGCAAGAAAGGAGAGGCUGGUCUUACCUAGCCUGACUGCUGAUCCUGGACUGACUCUGCAGGGGAGCAAACUUCAAACACCUGGUGUCAGCCUCCCUUCCAUAGGAGAUGGGAAAGGUGUCAUGUCUGCUGCUGCCCAAACCAACGUCCCUGAUGAGGACAUGGGAACAACGUUGCCCCAACUGCAGUUUGGCACCACAAGAUUGGGGAGGUCCACGUCAGAUACCGUGACCUUCAAACAGCCGAGCGACAAGUCCAAAGUCCGCAGCACCAAGCGGCGCCAGAAGACUGACCGCAACACGCUGAAGGACAAGAAGUCCCAGAAACGGCGCCGUGACAGCUCCGGACUCUCGUCACCUGACUUGUGAGUUGGGUGCAACAGUGGGCACCUUACCAUUGUGUCCAUGAUAUUUAUUGGCAAUGGUUCAUGUAACUACAUGUGUAUACAUUUUAUGUUUAACUGUGCAUUAUUGUGCAUUAUGUUUGUCCCAUGCCUUUUUUGCAUGUGCAACUCAGUAUAGAAUGUUUAGACACAAAUUACUGUAAUUCCUGAUUUUUUCAAUGUUCACGGUUUUCAUGGUGAUGACUGUAACAUGAACUUAUCAUUACCGAUAACAUAUAAUUCGUUCACCGUGAACAUUUAGUUCCGAGAACAAGUUAGAUUUUCUCAGACCGUCAAAGUUUGUAUCGAGAAGACAAAGUGAAUUACAGUAUGCUAAAAAACAGAAUAAUAUGACAUUCCUUACCUUAUUGCACAGUCCCAAAUGCAAUGUUUAGACAAAUCAUGCUGGAACAUCAAAAUGGCAUAGAUCUGACUUUGAGUUUUUAUCAUACUAUGGUCCCAAAUAAGAUGUUUAGACAAAUUAUGCUAGAAAACAGAAUCUGAUUUUAAUAUCCCCACCUUAUCGUUCAGCUUCAGGUAUAUGUGAGUCAUAAUUAUUGUUCUACUGCAAUACUGCAACAAAACCUACAGGUCUUGCACGCACAGUUGGGGUGGGGAAGGGGACGUCAGGACCAACUCCACAGAUAGGAGGCUCUCGUCUCUUACAGACUGUCCAACCUCUCCCACUGCACCAUCAAUCUGAUAUGUUUGCGCCGUGCAGUGAGAGAUGGCUGCCCUGCACCCGGUCUGCCAAUCGGGAUGUCGGGCCCCAUCCUCACUUCACCCCACAACCAUGUCAGGUUGUUGCAGUGGUGGGAGGGUGGACUAGUCUGUCAGGGACUUGUGCCUCCUGUCUGUGUGAGGGGAUCUUGUACUGAACUGGAACUAACCCAGCUGUGGUGGAACUGUACUGUGUGGUCUGGUGUAGUUUGAGUGGGAUCAUCUCAUGUGAGCCAUCUAUGACAGACUGUAUCAUGUAACACUGAGUAGGACUGGUGUGUGGAGAAACUUACACAUGAGGUGGUCUCCAGUAGGACUUGUGGAGGUGGGAGUGUCCAGUUCCUGUACAAGUCUGAAGACUUGUCCACUUCCUGUUAUAUUACUGUGGGAUUCGUCCAAUACCUGUAGGUCCUGUUACAAUUUAACAAGUGUAGUUUAUACACCUAUGUGUGCAUGUGAUUGUAAUGUGGUGGACUUAGUAGGUAAUUUCAUUAUUUGUGGCAUUUUUGAUUAUUCGAACUUGAUAAUGUAAGUGUAAUGUUCUUAAUUUUGUCAGCUGUCUGAAUCCAAAGGAUUAUCUAUGAAAACUAAAAGGACUAAUAUAACCAAGAAAUAUGACUUUAACAAAGACUGCACACUUAAAAAACAUGCAUUGUCACAAUAUUCAUAGGAAUUUUCAUUUUUGUUCACUAGAAAAUUAUUUUUCUCAUACGGCUCCAUUAUAGCAGGUUGGACUCUGAAAUUCUACUUGAUAACUAUGUCAUAUAUAAUAUCUGUGCUGUCUCUAUUGUGUAUUCUGAAGUUGUGUAAAUAUGCUAUCUAUACAUGUUGACAUGCGUUGUGUAAAUUACUAUUUGUAUAUGUUGACAUGUGUUGUGUAAAUAUGCUAUCUAUACAUGUUGACAUGUGUUGUGUAAAUACGCUAUUUGUACAUGUUGACAUGUGUUGUGUAAAUAUGCUAUCUGUACAUGUUAACAUGUGUUGUGUAAAUAUGCUAUUUGUACAUGUUGACAUGUGUUUUGUAAAUAUGCUAUUUGUACAUGUUGACAUGUGUUUUGUAAAUAUGCUAUUUUUACAUGUUGACAUGAACUUUGUAAAUAUGCUGUCUGUACAUGUUGACAUGAGUGUGACAUGUGGUACAUGCUAUCUGUACCAGUUAACGUAUCU